AUUGCACAGAUUAAACCAUAAGGAGCCACCAGUGGGAAGAGUCCGAAUGGAGACCCCUGACGGGCCAUGGGCAUGGUGGGUUCUUGUUGCUGCAAUGCUAACCCAUGGGUUGACUCUUGGGUUUCCUUCCUCCAUUGGAGUGUUUUAUACAGACCUCCAGAACUCCUUUAGGGCAUCUAACACCGAGAUUUCCUGGUUCCCAUCUAUCGUGAUGGCUGUGCUGCAUGCUGGAGGUCCAUUGUGCAGCAUUAUGGUAGAAAAACUUGGUUGCAGAGUAACAGUAAUGGUUGGUGGUCUCUUAUGUGGGAUUGGGAUGGUCAGCAGUUCUUUUUCUCAGACUACAAUUCAUCUAUACCUAAGUGCUGGAGUUAUUGGAGGCUUGGGACUUUGUUUCUGCUUUCAAGCAGCAGUCACAGUACUUGGUUACUAUUUCGUUAAACGUCGGACUUUAGCCAAUGCUCUGGCCUCUACAGGGGCCUCAAUAGGAAUGGCCCUCUGGCCCAUUGCAUCCCAGCAUCUCUUGGAGGCAAUGGGAUGGAGAGGUUCCUUUAUGAUCUUUGGUGGCGUGUUGCUAAACUGCUGUGUGUGUGGUGCCAUGAUGAGGCCUGUUAAAGCUUUACCAGUGGCCCCUUCUAAAGAUGGAACCUUAUCAACAGCCAAUGGAGUUGCCAGCAGCCUUGAAGAAGGCGAACGUGGUAAAGGCCUGCAGAGAUACAUGGCUUUUGACUUACUUCUUCAGCAUAGACGAUAUCAGAUUUACACCAUAGGUGUCACCUGGAUGGUUUUAGGCUUUGUUUUGCCUCUUUUCUACUUGGUACCACAUGCUACCAGCAAAGGCAUAGAAGAAUCAACAGCUGCACUUCUGCUUUCACUUAUAGGCUUCAUCAAUAUUUUUGCACGUCCAGUGUCAGGACUUGUGUCUCAGAAUCGGAUAUUUUCUGGAAAGCUAAUUUACUUAUUUAGUGGGGCAGUAAUUGUGAAUGGUCUUAGCAACUUGGUGUGUGCAGCUUUUUCAUCCUUCUCAGCAUUUAUUAUUUAUUGUGCCUUGUAUGGAAUUUCUAUGAGCGUGAUUGGAUCCCUUAUAUUUCAAGUACUAAUGGAUAUAGUUGGCAUGAAGCGAUUUCCUGGAGCUUUUGGACUUUUUACCAUCCUGGCAAGUGUUACUAUCUUGAUGGGACCACCACUAGCAGGUUUACUGGUGGACAUCACUGGUCAAUAUAACCUAGUUUUCUACUUCAGCUGUAUUGCUGUGACCUCAUCUGGAAUGUUUAUGUGUUUGGCAUCUUACAUACUUGACAAAAAAGAAAGGAGGACUGAAAUAAAAAUCAAUAACUCUAAUGCUAAUCCCAUUACUACUGAGCACCAAAAUAUUAUUUAUCGCCCAGCAACAAAACAAGAAGAUUUUGUAAUAUGAGUGGCCAUAAUAUGAAGAAUGGCCAGCCAAUGCUCUCACCAAAUGGAAUCUUCCAGGAUAUUAUAAAGGAAGUCUAUAUCUAUGAGAUCUGUGAGAUGCCUUAAAAAAGGCUGUUCUCUCAGGAGAUUUCCAUAGUUGGUUCUUUUUUUUAUUUAUUUUUUGAACCAUUAUUAUGGUUGGAAAACCAAAACAGUGCAACUGAGGGCCAAGAGAACUGAAGAGUAGUUCACUGAUGUUUUAACUUGGGAUGGCUGAUCAAGUGGUUCAAACAAUGGAGAAAGCUUCUCCCACACACAUGUAAUGUUACAAAUUCCCAUAAUAACACAGUGUUAAACUGCUAUUUAAAAAAAGUGCUGAAAUGAUAUGUAAAUUUGAUGCAUAGUCAACUAUUUUGUACUACAAAAGUUCAAUGAAAAAUGCUUAAUCAAUUACCUCUUUUGGAAAAAAAUGUAUUAUCAUGAUGCAUCUGUUAUUUAAUACAUUGUAAUUUCAGUACUCUAAGCCUUAAAAAGGCCUUUCCUGACCAACUAAAGCCAACCAGCCUGUUUGCAGGUGCCAUAAGAUGGCCAGUGUUUCACAAUUUGUGUAACUCUAGUUGACAUUAAAGGGGUAUUCCAGGAAAAAAAAAACUUUUUUUUUUCUAUAUCAACUGGC